AAAGCCAAUGACCAUGCUCAUGCAGUCCUACCAGCAAAACCAAGCACAAUGGUUGCUAAUUACUUGGAUGGGAAACCAAGACCAAGCAACGCAGAUGUUAUUGCUAAACGCCAUAGCAAGGAGUCCAAACCAGCAAUUCCAGUUGAUGGAGUUUGUUGUUCUUGUACAGAAAAAUGUGCAACAAAAAGAUGCGUUUGCAAGGAAAGUGGCAAUUUGUGCUCUUGCAACUGUUCUUGCAAUGAAAACAAAUGUCUUUAUAAUUAA